GAGUUAUCGGUACCCUCACUACUAUGGGGCUAUGGUGGCGGGAUUGCAUAGCGGAAGGCACAUUCCAGGCUCCUACUGUGGAGCUUGGUUGUGCUUGGCCACCCGCAGGUAUCGAGCCUAUUUACCCUUUUGAGUUGCCUCUUCUUAACACUAUUCUGCUUUUAUCUUCGGGGGCUUCUGUAACUUGGUCUCACCAUGCUCUUAUUGCUGGGGACCCAAAGAAAGACCAGAUCAAUUUAGAAGGCACUUGGGAUGGAAGGGGAGUCUUAAGAGGUCAAUUAGAUAAGCAGGGCCAUGGUAGCAAGGCGUGGGUUAUCAACCGAUUUCCUCCGGCGAUAAGCUUUGAACCUCUUGCUAGCAACCCUUCAGAAACUACUCCCAUUCGUUGA